GCGGUAAACGACAGUCACACUACCGAACUCCAGAAGCAAAACAGCCGCAGUGUAACAGCAAAAAACAUUUGUGAAAAAUGUCGCGUAGACCAUCGUUUUAACCGGAUUUUAACCGCGUACCGACUGGUCGCAAACGCCGUGAGGAAGACUGGAAGUGAGAAAGCAGAGCCACAAGUGAAGGAGAUUCCCGCACACACGCCUACACCACACCGCACGGCAGGAAGACACUGCAGUAUUUUCACACACACACAGACGCUCAUCUAGGACCUUCAUCAGCACCAUCGCUUGAAAACUCCGCAGCCAGGACAUCAUGGACAAGGACAAGGAGGGCGGUGAGCAGCAGCAGUGCACCGUCUCGGUCUUUGACCAGACGCCCGGCUCUGAGCAGAAAAAGAUCAAUGUGGUGGUGCGCUCACAUUAUACGGUGAAGCGAGUGAUCGACCUCAUCGGCACCCAGUUUCCCUACGCAAAGUUUGAGCUGUUGCUGCAGCCCCACGACAACAAGGAUCUGGUCAACCUGAAUGCCCUGGACUCACAACUGCUGUACGAUGUGGAUGGCUUCGAGCGCCAGUUAAAAAAUCACUUGGUUCUGCUACCCUCCGGCAGUUGGGACGGCGACGUCAGUAAACGCUUCGAGUUGCCCAUUAAGAAGGUAUUGGUCAAGAAGGCGGCUACUACCAAGACCGACGAGGCGAAGGCCAAGAGCCCGGCCACCGGCGAAAAGAAGAAAAUCAAGAAGAAGACGGCGUCGGGCUCAACGUCGCCGAGCAAAUCAAAAACAACGACCGAGGACUCUUCGUCCACCGCCAAAGUCAGCGCUAGCUUGGAACCGAGCACAGAGAAAACUCCCAAGGCCAAGUCCUCGCCAGAAAAGAAGAGUCCCAAGGCCCAGCAAGCUUCAGAGGAAGCUCCAAAGGCUAGCCCUGAAGAGAGUCCAAAGAGCACUCCAGAGGCUGUCUCCGCCACCAACUCCGAGGCGAGUCCAAAGAAGACGCAGGCUAAGGCAGUUGCAGCAACUACUCUCGAGGUCACAAGCCCCGCUAAGCCGUCGUCGCCCAUCAAAGAGCUGGAUAGCGAGCCCAUCGACACGCUGACCAAAGCAGAUAUUUCUGACCAACUGCAGCAUCUUAUCUCGCCGUCAGAGGAUGCAUCGUCAGAGCUAUUCAUAUCGGAUGCGGAGCAGUUGUCGGACGAUGAUCUAGCGCUUGGUGCUUCUGCAAGCCCAACGAUGCUCGGCCCAGGAUACGACUUUGGCGUUCCAGCAAGCGACAUGGACGGAGGCGACGGAUGUGCGACCGGAGACAGCGAACAAGCUACAAGUGGACCGGAUGAUGGCAAUGAUCCGGCUGUAUCCAAUUUCUAUCGUCGCAAAUACGGCGGUGAUGAUGUGCCCUCGUGGCAGCGUGCCACUGCCUCCGAUUUUGUGGCCUCGGCCACCACAGAAACGGAGGGAGAGGUGACCCGACAUGCGAACGGCGGCCCCAAGGGCUAUGUGGGACUCGUGAACCAGGCCAUGACCUGCUAUCUGAACAGUCUGCUGCAGGCGCUUUACAUGACGCCCGAGUUCCGGAAUGCUCUCUAUCGCUGGGAGUUUGACAACGACAACGAGGCAAAGAACAUACCCUAUCAGCUGCAGAAGCUCUUCCUGAACCUACAGACCUCGCCCAAGGCGGCGGUGGAGACCACAGAUCUGACCCGCAGCUUUGGCUGGGACUCGACCGAGGCGUGGCAGCAGCACGACAUUCAGGAGCUGUGCCGCGUCAUGUUCGACGCCCUGGAGCACAAGUUCAAGAACACCAAGCAGGCGAACCUCAUCUCCAACCUGUACGAGGGCAAGAUGAACGACUAUGUCAAAUGUCUGGAGUGCAAUACGGAGAAGACGCGCGAAGACACCUUCCUGGACAUCCCUUUGCCGGUACGUCCUUUCGGCAGUAGCUCGGCCUACGGCAGCAUUGAGGAGGCUCUGCGUGCCUUCGUCCAGCCGGAGACGCUCGACGGCAACAACCAGUAUCUCUGCGAGAAGUGCAAGAAGAAGUGUGACGCGCACAAGGGACUGCACUUCAAAUCCUUUCCCUACGUCCUCACACUGCACCUAAAGCGCUUCGACUUUGACUACCAGACCAUGCACCGCAUCAAGCUCAACGACAGAGUGACCUUCCCGCAAACGCUGAACCUCAACACUUUCAUCAACCGAAGCGGCAACAGUGGCGAACAGAGCUCGCAGAUGAACGGAACCGUGGACGACUGCAGCACUGCGGACAGUGGCUCGGCCAUGGAGGAUGACAACCUGAGCAGCGGCGUAGUGACCACCGCCAGCUCCAGCCAGCAUGAGAAUGAUCUGAACGACGAGGACGAAGGCAUCGAUAUGAGUAGCAGCACCAGCAAGAGCGCCAAGCAGGGCUCCGGGCCGUAUAUGUACGAGCUGUUCGCCAUCAUGAUCCAUUCGGGCAGCGCCUCGGGUGGCCACUACUAUGCCUAUAUCAAGGAUUUCGAUAGCAACGAGUGGUUCUGUUUCAACGAUCAGAAUGUGUCAACGAUCACGCAGGAGGAUAUCCAGCGUUCUUUCGGAGGACCCAAUGGCAGCUACUACUCGAGUGCUUACACCUCGAGCACCAACGCCUACAUGUUGAUGUACCGCCAGGUGGAUGCCAAGCGGAACGAGCAUGUCGCCAAAGUGGCCGACUUUCCGGAGCACAUCAAGACACUGCUGCCAAAGUUGCAUUCGGAGGAGGAGACUCGCGUAACACGCCUGGGAAGGCAUAAUAUAGUCACAGACCUGGCUCUUCCGGAUUUGUACAAGCCGCGCGUCUUCUUUUACAAUCCCUUGCUAAAGAAGAUGAAGACCACGCGGGUCUAUGUCUCGCAAAGCUUCGACAUCGACAGUGUGCUGAUGUCCGCCUACAAGCUGCUGAGCGUGGAACAAUUUGCUCCGAUCUCGCGCUGCCGACUAGUGGCCUACAACUCCACGAUGGACACGAUUAUCCAGUCGCUGGAGAACUGCACAGAUCCGACUCUGACCGAGCUGCGGGCCUCACAGAACUACAGCCUGGACUUCCUGCUGGAGUACCGGGCUGAGGAUCAGCAGUUCGAGACCUACGCCCCGGACGGCAUCACCUGGUAUGUGUUUAUGGUAGAUCUAUCGACCAUGGCCAUGGACGGUCCCUUCCUGGUUUACUCAGCAGCGCGGGAGCGGGAAGCCAGCGACGUCCUCCGUCGCUCCAUCGCCGUCCGUUUGCACAUUAAUGAGGAGUCGUUCCUGCUUGCCACGGUACGCGGUACGAUUCCCAAGGCCUAUGUUGCCUACGAUCCGCACCCGACGCCGGAGGCGCUGCAGCAGCUUCAGAACCUGGCCAACACCCAGUUCAAAUCCAUCACAUACUUUUACUUAAACGUGCCCAAUACGGAUGCAGCCAGCCUGGAAGUACUGGGGGUGCCCAGCGUAGAGUCAGUCGAGUCUGCAAGCGGUGGUGACGUUGUUGAUGCCGCCAUGAUGAACGGCGUGGGACCCGCUCACGAAUCCUCCAGCAACGAUUCUGAUUGGCGGCGCUACAAGCGGGAUCUGCUGGAGCCGCUUACCCAGGCCAGUCCCAGCCAUGGUCACGAAUCCAAUUCGGAGGACAGCAGUUUGAGCGACGGGGAUCGCACCCUGGUGGAGUCGGAUAACCUAGCACAUCGUGGUGGCGGCGACAGUCAGGUAAGCUCCACCAGUCACUCACCGCAGCUGUCCAGCCCCGAGGAUGAGGCGGCCUCCCACGACGCCAUGAUGCGGGUACAUGCCUACUGCAAUGGCAACGGCAGCUAUGCGGCGGCGGAUCCACUGGAUCCACUGCUUCUGCCCACCAGUACACCACACUUCUUCCACGCCAGCCGGAUAGAAUGCGUGGAUGUGGUGGGCACUAGUUCUAGCUCCGGCCAUCAGUCCGACGAGGAGGCGCAGCUGAGGAAACCAACGCGCGCCUACAAACUGCUUGUGGGCACCCAUAUGCGCAUGGGCGCCUUCAAGCGCCACAUCGAGCAGCUGAUCCAAGUGCCCGCCGCCUACUUCAAGCUGCAGCGCAAGCAUGAGAGCAAUCUGUCCAGCAACCAGAACAACUCGCUGGUCCUCCUUACCGAGGGCGAGACCCUAACCGUGGAGCUGGGCAAGACUCUUCAGCCGGAUGAGUUUAAGGCCAAGAUUAGCUUUCUGCGACUCGGCGACCUGGACAACGAAACCUCCAAGCUGCCCUGCAUCUGCGAGUGGGUAUACAAUGCCAAUACCACCGCGGAGCAGGCCAAGGAGGAGCUGGUGGCCAAGCUGCACCGCAUGGAUGCCAAGUAUGCCACACUAUCGGUGGAAAACUGCCGCAUCUGGCUGAAGGGCGGUCGCAGUCCCAUCAAGAUUCUGGCCAACGACGAGACCCUGUACAGUGACAUGCGCUCGACCAGCACAGCGGAGUUCAUUGUGCAGGAGUGCGAGGAGGGAGUGAAUCCACAGCCCAAGGACGAUACUCUGACCAUAUUCGUAAGGCGUUGGUGUCCGGCAAAGAUGGAGUUUGGAAAGUUCCAGGAAAUCACCUUGGACCAGGACAGCGAAAUCAGACGCUCGUUAUCAGAGAUCAGCGACAUUACAGUGGACAAACUCAGCUAUAUGAAGGUGAACAGCAAUUUCCCCUGCACAAGCAUAUCAGCGGUGAGCGUCAACGAGUCCACCAGUUGGUACUCGGUACCGGCCACCGUGGACAAGUAUCCGUUGAACACUACACAGGCAGCGAACAUCUACCUGUACAAAGAUAAGAGCGUGCCGGCGCGGGAACUGACGCUGGAGGAGCGGCGACAGAUGAAUGCCAAGGAGAAGGCUCGCUUGGACCGCGUCGGCUGUGUAUCCACCACGCGCUACUCUCAGCGCCGCGAGCGCGCUCUGAAGAUCUACCUGGACUCACCGGAAAAGUCGAGCAACGUAACAGCCUCGGCGCCGAUGGACGUGCAUGUCGAUAACUAGGAUGGCCGCGAGGCUGCCGCCAGAGCCGUGAUCUAGAAUAGAAGACACAGUCGCCAGCACAACGUAGAGAGUACACCAAACCAUGUAUGUACACCUAAACGACGGCAGACAAUUAAAUCCCAGAUCCUGGCAUCCGCAUCCGCAUCCCAGCGACAGCUGCAGCUGCUGGUCGCGUGUUUUCUAUAUACUUUAUCCGUAGCAAUUGCGUAUUUUGUUGUUGUUUAUUUUGUUUGACGCAAGUGGAGAGUGAGGAGGAGCCGGAUGGCUGGCAUAGAUUGUAUUGGAUCAUAGGUCUGAAGCUGGGCAGGCUGGGGCCAGUUCUCACACGACGACGUAUCGAUCACGAAGUUAUUCUUGCAACUUUCGUUAUACCAGAGUUCAAAGAUGAGACUGUAAAAUUUAACUUAACAAAGCAAGAAAUCUAAAUAACGAACUGUAUAAUGUGAAUGUGAACAUCAAAACUAAAUUAAAAAGUAUCAAAUAAAAACACAA